UGGCAAACAACGGCUUUACUGAUGUGUGUUUAGCGUUUCUGAAUAUUGUCACGAUGCUCACUUUAUAUCCUUAAAUCUGGAGUCGCCAGUGCCUGAUCUCCUCAAAUAUCCUUAAAUAUUUCCAUCAAACCCUCGAUGCAUGAAAAUGCUCUGAUUUAUUCAUGUUUUUGAAGCCACCAUACUGUCGCUCAUGGGAGGAUCAUCAUGACUAUUGUCAGAACAGUUUCUGGGAUUUGCACACCAUUGUUGCAUUUCACAAUGACACAGCAGUGGCUUUCACUGACCCUCCCACUCCCCGGUCUGCCCGACACAUAGGCCCUGCCUUCCUGCGCCCUUCCUGGUUAUGGCACUAUUAAAACAGCUGGCCCGGACUCGAGCUCCGUGCUGGUUUCUUCUCAGGAAACAGUUUUUCUUGUCACUUUGCAGACGCGGAGUUAUCAGUAGCGGGAUGGCCUCAGACCCGUCGGAGAUAACCCGGUUCGACUUUCUGGUGGUCGGCGGCGGGUCUGGAGGUCUGGCCGGGGCUCGGCGGGCGGCGGAGCUCGGAGCAGCUACCGCCGUGAUCGAGAGUCACAAACUCGGAGGUACCUGCGUCAAUGUUGGUUGUGUCCCUAAGAAGGUGAUGUGGAAUGCAGCAGUUCAUGCCGAAUAUCUGCACGAUCAUGGUGAUUAUGGCUUUGAAACUGGAGACGUUCGUUUCAGUUGGGAAACCCUAAAAGCCAAGAGGGAUGCGUACGUCAGUCACCUAAAUCGCAUUUAUCGCAACAAUCUUGACAAAGCUAAAAUCCAAACCAUUCAAGGUUAUGCCAGGUUUAUAAAUGAUGCUGAGCCGACUGUGGAAGUCAAUGGAAGAAAAUAUACAGCACCUCACAUCCUCAUCGCCACUGGAGGGCAACCUUCUGUUCUGAGUGAUGCAGAAGUUCCAGGGGCAAGCCUGGGCAUUACCAGUGAUGGCUUCUUUGAACUUGAAACACUGCCAAAACGCAGUUUGGUUGUGGGUGCUGGUUAUAUUGCAGUGGAGAUGGCGGGCAUUCUUUCCACCUUAGGGUCCAAAACAUCCCUCAUUAUUCGACAGACGGGAGUUUUGAGGAACUUUGACGCCUUUAUAAGUGCAAACUGCACCAAAGAACUGCAAAACUCUGGUAUAGAUUUGUGGAAGAACUCUCAGGUGAAGUCUGUGAGUAAAACGGACAAGGGGCUGGAGGUGACGGUGGUUACCAAAGACCCAGAGAAGAAGAAUGACGAGGAGAAGAUCAGUACCAUCCAGGGAGUGGACUGCCUUCUCUGGGCCAUCGGCAGGCAGCCCAAUACAGGUGGACUGAACAUCGGCGAGAUGGGUGUGGAUACAGAUGAAAGAGGCCACAUCAUCGUGGAUGAGUUUCAGAACACCAGUCGAUCGGGGAUCUACGCUGUCGGGGAUGUUUGUGGCAGAGCUCUUCUCACACCUGUUGCCAUUGCUGCAGGCAGAAAGCUGGCGCACAGACUGUUUGAAGGAAAGAAGGACUCCAAGUUGGACUACACCUGUAUUCCCACUGUGGUGUUCAGCCACCCACCAAUCGGCACGGUGGGCCUCACAGAGGAGGAGGCCAUUAAAACCAGAGGGAAGGAGAAUGUGAAGAUUUACAAGACUUCUUUCACACCAAUGUAUCACGCUAUCACCAGCAGGAAGAGUCAGUGCAUCAUGAAGCUGGUGUGUGUGGGCAAAGAGGAGAAGGUGGUAGGGCUGCACAUGCAGGGCCUUGGCUGUGAUGAAAUGCUACAAGGAUUUGCCGUGGCCAUCAAGAUGGGUGCUACCAAAGCAGACUUUGACAAGACAGUCGCCAUUCACCCCACCUCAUCCGAGGAGUUUGUCACGAUGCGUUAAUGCAAAAACAAACUCACCGAGGCAUCCCCCACCCGCUACGCCUCUUGCUUCCCUGUACGACCAGCAACACAGACAAGCAUACCAGGACAGAGUCACGCCUUCGAACUGCUCUCGCAUCAGCUUGACGACUUGCUUUGUUAACCAGCCUACAUGCUUCCAUUUUUCUCUCAUUUAAGUGACCUUAUUUGUACGCAGUGUUUCACUUUUUUUUCUCAUUUUUAACUAAAUGGACCAAGACCAAGUUAUGGUCUUCCUAGACUGUACUGUGGUUCCUGAGUAUGGGUUGAAAACUCUGGAUUCCAUUUUAAUGAUUGUGAAAUGGAAGUGAUGCAUCUGCAGGUAUUUUUGUCAAGAGAUUGCUGGGAAGUCAAAAGACCUCUCUCCUAGUGUAUGUGUUUGAUUUGUCAGUCAUUCGUCACAUGAAUAUAAUAAGCACUGCUUGUUCUUUAAGGCACCUAUUCCCUACCAAUGCAGGGUCAUGACAUGUAUCUACUGUACUGUUAAGAAAAAAAAACAAUAAACCUGCAGAUUUUUU